CGACAGGACCUGCACCAGUGCACUGCUCCGUGAGUAAACAAAAUUUACAUGGGAGAAGAAACGACUUGGGACAUUGGACGGUUUUAGACCACAAGUAUAUGCAUGAAAGACAUAAACAGGCAUCUUAUUAUUGAUAUUGCCACACUUCAGUGUGUCCCCCGACACAGCACUUCCAUCGUCGACUGUCCAAAACACUGCUGCAAUGAAUUCCAGUGAAAUCCUGCUUGCGGUGUGCGUUUCCAUGGCAUUUAUUGUUGACGUCAUCCUCAUUGGUUACUACAUGAUCAAACGCACCAGGAAGCCAGCGAAAUGUCCGGUUAUUGUGGAGUAUGCUUGUCACCAAUCACAGCCUCCGGAUCGAGACGACCCUCCACAAGAGAAGGAAGAAGUCAAAGUCGUUUUCAUUAACAAUAGAGCGGAAGCGAACCCCGAUCAAGAUGACUAUGACACACUUUGGAGUGUUGACAGAUUACAGCGUGACAUUGGCACAACAAGUGUCUACAGUCACGUGAUCCGGUCUAACAAUGCAUGUGUUUCAACGGAAGAAAACCAUUAUGAUUCAGCUGCAUUGCCUUACCUUGAUAGGAGACCGAUCAAUAAUGUAUACGAAAGGAUGUAUAUGUCAGAAGAAUAGCACCGUAGACGCGUACGAAAUGAUCUGCUUGCCUGUUACCACGUGGCAAGUAACAAUUCUGUGGGAAACGGGAAUGUUUAUUCCCACCCUCCACACUAUCAUAAAGACAUUGACCU